AUGGUUGCUAGGGAAACUUUAGCGGCAAGAUGGCGGCAGCUGGUGCUCCGAACCAGGCUUCGCUCCAGCCGCGUCGGCACUCGCCGGGACUGCCGCCGCGAAACGGCUAUGGCGUAUAUGUAUACCCAAAUUCUUUCUUCCGCUAUGAAGGAGAAUGGAAGGGAGGCAAGAAACAUGGUCAUGGGAAGCUAUUGUUUAAAGAUGGAAGUUAUUAUGAAGGCGAAUUUGUGGAUGGAGAAAUCACUGGGGAAGGCUGCCAGCACUGGGCCUGGUCAGGAAACACCUACUCUGGACAGUUUGUUUUAGGAGAGCCUCAAGGGCACGGCAUCAUGAAGUACAAAGCUGGAGGUCGCUAUGAAGGGGAGCUCUCCCAAGGCCUGAGGGAAGGGCAGGGGUUUCUGGAGGACCAGGAUGGGCAGGUAUACCAGGGUUCCUUCCAUGACAACAAGAGACAUGGCCGUGGGCAGAUGAUCUUUAAGAAUGGUGACAAGUACGAAGGUGACUGGGUUCGAGACCAGCGUCAGGGACACGGGGUGCUGUGCUGUGCCGACGGCUCCACAUACAAGGGACAGUGGCACAGUGAUGUCUUCAGUGGACUCGGCAGCUUGGUCCACUGCUCAGGAGUCACCUACUGUGGGAUGUUCAUUAACGGCCACCCAGCAGCACAGGCUAAGAAAAUUGUGAUUCUGGGUCCAGAGGUACUGGAAGUGGUCCAAGGAUCUCCCUUCACGUUGCAUGUACAGCUGCAGCAAGAUGAUGGGGACAUUGCCAAAAGUGAGAGUGGCCGGGUCCUAAGGAUCUCAGCAGGAGUCAGAUAUGUGCAACUCCCAGAAUACUCCGAGGUCAGCUUUUUCAAGAUGGAUGAAGACCACAUGGAGACACCCAUCCAGACCCCGUUUGGGUUCCAGUGCAUUUCCUACCCACUGUCUGCGCCCAUGUCUUGGGGGCCAGAGCCUGGGUCUACUGUAGAAAGUGCCAGAGCUGACCUGCUACUCUCCAAGAGAGACUCAGAGCCUGUGCUGGACUCAGGAGCCUUCCAUGGCCAGGGAGACACCCUCAGCAUCCUGCCAGCCAGGAGACACGAACCCUGCUGUCAGCGAGUGGACCAAGGCUGUGCCGAGUUUGUGGACAUCCUCCUCGGACCCCCUCCGCCUAGCAUGAAGCCUUAUCUGUUCCUGCCCAGCACACUUGAGAAGACUGUCGACAGGCCUAAAGUUGGCCCAAGUUCCCCAGAGGUGCUGCCCACUGCCCAGGAACUUCUAAAAGGCACCAGCAGGCAUGAUGGGACCACAGUAGAGCCAUCGACAGCUGCAUAUCUAGGAGAGUAUGUGCUUAUGGUCUGUGAUGUGACCAGCCCUCCCUUCCUGGGCCACAGGCUGCCCACCACCUUCAAACACCUGCGGAUCUUAGCCGAGGGGGACACCCACUGGCCCCAUGUCCCUGAAGGUCACCCAGAAGCUCUAAACUAGAGGCCACUCUUGGCUGUUGGACAUAAAAGAGGCAGCAAUACCCUCAAGGAAAGGCCACCUUUCCCUGAAUGGAGAUUGAUGCUGCUUCACCUGGGGACCACAUCCUCUAACAACCUGAGAGUUAGGGCUGGUCCACGUGAGCCCCACAGCUACUGAUGUCAAUAAAACUCUAAAUAUCAACCCUG